AUGAACGAGGUUUCUUUCGGGAGCCGCAGUGGACUGUCGCUCGUAGAAUCUCCGACUGAAAGGGUAACUGGCAAGGGCAUGCAGUUCGCGAAUGGAGAGGAUCACAAGGCCCAGCGCAAGUACUUGAUGCCCGCCUUUAGUCCCAUCCACGUCAAGAAAUUGCUGCCUAUCUUCUGGCAAGAGACGACAAAGAUGAUCCACGGCAUCGAGGAUGAAAUCAGAAAAUCAGACAGCCAAGACCACUCGGUUUUCGUUACCGAUUGGAGCAUCCGGGCGGCACUGGACAUCAUCGGCUUGGCUGGGAUGGGCUACGAAUUCAACUCGCUCGGCAAUCCACACGGCGAGCACCGUCAUCUUACCAAGGCCGUCAAGAUUAUUGAAGCUCGCAAAGAAAAACUGGCAUGUGAAGAGACUGACGAGGCCCAGGGCACCGUGGGAAAGGACAUCAUCACUGUUGCACUUCGGAGCGGCAUGUUUUCUUCGGAGAAUUUGGUCCACCAUGUGAUGACGUCUCUUGUCGUUGGACAUCUAUCGACCGCCAUUACCUUUGAUUGGGUCUGCUUUGAACUCGGCCAGCGUCCUGAGAUGCAAGCUCGACUGCGCAAAGAGAUUCGCACGCAGUGGCCUGGAGGUUUGGAACAGGCCGACGUGUCCACCAUCGAGACACUCCCUUAUCUCAAUGCGAAUCUGUGGGGAGACGAUGCGCAUGUCUUCAAUCCCGAGCGUUGGAUCGGGCAGGGCCGCGCGGGAUCUGGCGGAGCAUCAAGCAACUUUGCCAUGCUAACAUUCUCGGCCGGACCCAAGAACUGCAUUGGGCACUUCCAAGAACAAUUCACUUUGCACCGCCAACAAUGGAGACGGUACGCGGGCAUAAUCAGCGGUGCCGGUUUUGAUAUUGACGGUGUUCGGUACGAGACCUCGGCCAACGGUAAUGGAGGAACAUCGACGUUCAACGGCGGCGAAAAGGGCUGGGGCCGUCGCGUCAUGGAUAUUGCAUCCCACUCGUCGAACUCGAUUACCUUUGUCGUCUUUGAUCGAGGUUGGAACGGGUUUCCAGGCACCCCGGGCGCAUGCAUAACGCAUACGGUCACGCCAUAUAAAUGGGAUAUCGCCAUAGGGUUGACACCGGUUCGAGACUCGUCGCCUGUCAGUGUGAGCCAGCAGGUAUUUUGGAACCUUGACGGGUUCGCUGCCGAGACCAACUACACGGUGGCGCACCACAAACUGCAGCUGCCAUACUCGGGAUUCAGAUUUGCAAUGGACGAGGACAAUAUACCGACCGGAGAUAUGAAAAGCAACGCCCAAGGCUCUACGUUUGAUUUUUGGUCAGGCGAGCGACGGAUAAAGGACGGCCAGAAGGCCAAACCCGCCGCAUCUGGGAAUGCUUCCCCCACAGGUAUUGACGAGACCUUUUGA